UAGGAUAACCCAUGCAAAUAGGAGUCCAUAGCCCACUGCAGUGUGCAAUAGCAUAAGUGCGCGUAACAACGCCGCGCCGGUCGGUAGGAGUGUUAAAGUGAGGGUGUUGGAGGCCAAUUGUUUUGGUAAACCCGUUACUUCCAUGAGCGACGCACAAGAGACGGGCCUGGAACGCAGUGCGCCCAUCGGACUAUGCCUUCCCCAACUCGGGAGAGAAGCAAAGGGGAGACAGGACAGGCAGAGGAGACCAACGAGAGAGGUUCAGGCGGCCGUCUCGUGUGCGCUCUGGAGAUGGAGAUGAUAAACCGCAGCCUGCAGGGCGACUCCAAAGUGGAUUAUGGAAAUUGCGAUGGCUUGAUCAAUCGAAACGGCGGGGACUCGGCAGAAGUAUCUGUGCCGCUGACACUUUCCGGGAAGCGGACAGCUCAUAUGGAGGGCGACAACCUCCACAGACUGAGGGGGAGAAAUGUUUUAUUAGAGGAUAAAAAGCGCCUUUGCGCGUUGGCUUUGGGCACCGCUCUGCUCGGGAUACUGCUCAUGAUAAUCCACGCCGAGAUAUGUCCCUUCGUUUAUAAACCGGGCUCAAACAUUGCCUUAAUCAUCAACUGUUCCAUCAGCCUGUCCACUGGGUGUCUCCUGGUCCUCAUUAUAGCUUUCCAUUAUAAGGACAUCAGGCUGUUCAUCACUGACCACAACCAGGUGGAUUGGCGUAUUGCCAUGACCAGCCACAGGGUUCUUGUGAUCACUAUGGAGCUGUUAGUCUGUGUCAUCCAUCCUGUUGGCACAUACUGGGGGUCGGGCCUCCAUGUCAACUCUUCUUCCUCAGCUCCGCUCUGUUUUUCCAGCAACCACGGCGGAGCCCUGAUGGACAUAGAGCUGCUGUUGUCAGUGCUGAUGUUCCUCCGCUUAUACUUGGUGCACAGAGCCAUCUUGCUGCACAGCAAAGUGCUGCUGAGUGCCUCCUACAGGAGCAUCGGCUCCCUCAACAAUAUCAACUUCACCUUCCGCUUUGUUCUCAAGGUACUGAUGAACAAAUACCCGGCGCGCACGCUGCUGGUCUUCAUCCUCUUCUUCUGGCUCACUGCAUCCUGGAUGCUUACUCUGUGUGAGAGGAAGACCCAAGAACCGACAGGCCACAUGGACACGGCGCUGUGGCUCAUAGCCAUCACCUUCCUUACAGUGGGCUAUGGGGAUGUGGCGCCUAAAACCAGCUGUGGCAGGGUGGUGUGUCUCUUAAGUGGAGUCAUGGGUGUAGCCUGCACUGCCAUGCUGGUGGCCGUCGUAACCAAGAUGCUGGCGUUGAACAAAGGAGAGAAACAUGUGCACUUCUUCAUGCUGGACAUCCAGAUCUCUAAAAGGAUCCGCCACGCGGCUGCUAAUGUGCUAAGGGAAUGCUGGCUUCUGCACCGCACAAAUCUGACCAAGGGCAACCGCGGUGAGCAGCGAAGACACCAGAGAUACCUUCUGGAAGCCAUCAGAGUAUUUCGGCAUUUACGCCUCAAACAAAGAAAACUGAGAGAUUACGUCAGUGAGAUGGUGGACCUCCCUAAGAUGCAGAUGAUCAUGUGCGACCUCAGUGCCAACUGGAAUAACUCCUAUCGGGAGAUGGAGCAGCGUAUCCUCUCCAUGGAGCAUAAGCUGGACGAGCUGAGUCGCUGCUUCCAACAAACCUCUGAGCUACUGUCUCAGGUCCUGCGUCAGCGUAACCUAGAGAUCAGGUGACAUGGCUACAUAAACUUGUUAUGGAGACCGAUUAUUGUCUUCACUGUUUUUCAUCUACAGUAUCCAUGAAAGUGAAACGGUAAAUCCUCUCCACCCAGAGCUGCUCCAGACUCUUAACAUGCUGAACCACUUGGAGGACUGGCAUACCUCCUAAAGAUCUCAUCUUCUGGCCCUGUGCUGUGUGUACUGCACAAUGAGUCAUAGCUGUAAAAUGAUACAGAUAAAAUAAGACUUGCAUUCACUGUGUAAGAAUCACAGUGUGUUUUGAGAAAUCUGUUUUCAGCCGUUACAUUUGUGACAGUGCACAAAGACCUGAGUUAAUCUGAAACAAGGACAGUGGAGAGCCUUGUAAUACAGUCUAAAUCUCCAGCUCUCUAAACUGCUUUUUCUAAGGUUUCAGGUUAAGGUUGUAAAGUUAAGGUUUGAUGGACCCUGUCACUGCCUUAUUCCUGUGGAAUAAGAUGCAUAUGUGCUUCAUGUUAAUUUUCUUUUCAAUUUCUUGCAUUAUUUUACAGUGCCUUAUCUGUUUUAUAAAAAACCUCUUGCAAAUCCUUUUUCCAUUAGCAGACAAACAGGCUUAUUGAAUAUAAUACAGUUUGUAAUAACUCCUCGUUGUUCUGCUAACCGGACACUUGUGUAUGCAAUGAUGCGUUUUGAUGUUCAACCAAGAGAAGAAACAAAAUUUCAAUUCAGCUUUUAUUGGAAGAAACCUUUAUUUCAAAGUGCAAGUCCUUGGGAUUUUAAAGGUAUGUCAACUGAAACUCAAACAUUAAUAUCUACAUUUAAGUGUGUAAUCAUCUGCAAGAUGCAAGAAAAGCAUCUAACAGGUUACACCUGUUCUGAAAACAAUGAAAUGUGGGUACAAGUUGCCUUGUAAACUUGUCUUUUAAUAACCCAACAGCUCCAUCUAGUGGACAUGAAUUAUUUAAACUACAUAAUAUGGAGGAUUGUUAACAUUAAAAUCAUAAAUAUUAUAUAGCAACCAUAAAAAAAGCCAUGAGCUAUUCUCAAUCUUGGUAUUAAACCUGAAUACCUGAAGACCUCUCACAGGCGCAUAACAUUUGAAUCUGCUGUAGUGAAAACCAGAAAUCAGAAUCAGAAGACAAGAGGACUUACUACAAACCUCACUGAAUGCACUUUGUGAGAAAAAUUUACAAAACUGGACAAACUCUUUCUCUGGAGGAUAAACUGGAGUUUUGAUGUGUGUUAACUUAAUCCAGUACUGAAAAAAAAAGUUCCUUGUGGGUUAAUUUGUACUCUGGUAUGUUGUCAAAAGAACUUACGAGGAACUUGUUUCAGCGCUGUUUACUAUUAACCAUUUGCACAUGGUGAAAACAUGUUGAUGACCUUCCAGGACGUGCUUAUCAUUAAAAGCCAUCAAUGAA